CGGGAUUCUUUGACAGGAAGGAAGGCGCCGAGGAAGGCGGGUCCUCGUGCAUGCAGCAGGAGCAAAAUGAAGAGGAGAGGCGCUGGGGAAAGAGAGAAAGAGGCGAAGAAGCGGAAACUCCUCGAAGAACUUGGAGAGGGUCAUCUUCCAUAUUUGACGCCGAAAGACGACGGCUUCUGUGAACUGUGGAGGAAAGACUAUUCCAAACUUAUCCUCAGAAGUGCCGAGAAGAUACCUAAAGAUAUCCAUGAGGGGGUUCAGGAAGCAUUUUUGACUUUGCGAAAAUUCGACUGUUUCUUCCGGGACCUCGUAAGGAUCAAAGGGAAAGAUUUUUUUACCCCAGUGUCUCGAAUUUUAAUUGGAAAUCCAGGAUGUACUUACAAAUAUUUGAACACGAGGUUAUUUACUGUCCCCUGGCCCAUGGAAAGUUAUGAAAUAAAUUAUUCCCAUCCAGAAAUAUCCCAAGCUUGUAAAGCAUUAAUCAAACUUAAUGACUACAUGCACAGAGAAACGACCUGGGCUUUGCAAGAGCAAAAGUUGACUGAGACAAAAGAAACUGAAGAUUGCGCUGUCACCGAUAGGCCUCCGGAUAACGCUCCUUCGAUUACUGCGACAGGAUCGGCUUUACGAGAUCAAAGCUGUCCUCAUGUCCCGAAGAAUGACUAUAGCGAUUUGAAAGAGAGAUCAUCCUACAACUUGACGUUGUUAAAUUAUAUGGAUCCCCAACAAAUGCCAUUCUUGAAACAAGAGCCUUAUUUUGGAAUGGGGAAAAUGGCCGUGAGCUGGCACCAUGAUGAAAAUCUGGUUGAAAGGUCAACGGUAGCUGUCUACAGUUAUAGCUGCAGAGAUUCUGCCUCUGAUGUUCUUGAAGAAGAUACUGCAAAUGGUAGAGACCCAUCCGUCUGGCACGUUGGCUUGAAAAUAGCAUGGGACAUCAAGACGCCAGGGUUGGCAGUACCUCUCCACCCAGGAGACUGCUACUUCAUGCUAGAUGACCUGAAUAUGACCCACCAGCACUGUGUUCUCGCAGGCCUGUGUCCGAGAUUCAGUUCUACCCAUAGAGUAGCAGAGUGCUCUAAAGGGACCCUGAGCUACAUUUUGAGCCAAUGCAACACAGCACUCCAAAACCUACAAACCGACACUGAUUUGAAGGGCACGUCUUUGCAAUCUCUGGAUGUCGCAGUUGUAAAACGAGUGGAGGAAAUUCAUAAUGAGGUUGAAUUUGAGUGGCUGCGGCAGUUCUGGUUCCAGGGUAAACGUUACAGGAAGUGUACUGAGUGGUGGCACAAGCCAAUGGACUCUCUGGAAGAAUUUUGGAGAAAAAUGGAGCUCAUGACAAGCUUACUGCUUGACGAAAUCAGAAAAGAACAGAUGGAAGAAGAAAGCAAGACAAAAAUCGACUGUAUCUUGCCCCUUCUUGUCCAACGACACGAACUGCGCAAGGAAUGGCUGGGAAGGUGUCAUUCACAACUGGCAGAGUGCUUGCCAGAGGAUGAAAAGCCAGAAUGCCGUCCGUACUGGGAAGAAGAUGAUCCCAACAUGCCACUUCCAUUUGAUCUUGAAGAUAUCGUAUGUGAGCUAGAGAGUCUCCAGAAGAUGGAAAGCUAGCAGAACUGUUCUCACUGUAACUUUCUGAAGCUCCAAUGCUAGUCUCCAGGAGAAGGUGGAAAGCUAGCUUGGACUGAUCUCAUCUUCAACUGGCUGAAGAUUCAUUUGUUCCGAAGGAAUAAUUUAUGGAAAGAGAGCUAGAUCUUUUUUUAAAAAAAGAAAUGAAAUGAAUACAUUAAUGGGUUCACUUUAAGCAAUGUUCAAGUUGUACAGUGGAGAAAUAACGAAAAAGAGGUUCAGAAACAUGAGAUCUUGAAAGGAAGAUCGUCUGGAAUUUCUUUGAAGUAGGAUAGCCCCAUGCUGUGUGCUGGGAUAUGCAAAUAAAGAACUGCUUAUAUCAUUUCAA